AUGCAGUACGCGGUCAACGAGAAGAUACUCUGCUUCCAUGGGCCUUUACUUUACCAGGCAAAGGUGCUCAAAGCGGAGGACUGGAAGAGCGAAGACAAGAAAAAGGGCCACACCGGACCACACUACUUUGUGCACUAUCAAGGCUGGAAGCAGACCUGGGACGAAUGGGUGCCCGAGUCGCGCAUGCUGAAGUACAAUGACGAAAACCUUGCGCGACAAAAGGCACUGCAGGACACACAGAAAGCAGAGCAGCAACGGCAGAGGGAGCUGGCGAAUCCAUCUACGUCUGCAUCCAGUGGGGGGGACGUUGCUGGGGAACGGGGAAGACGCGUGUCAGGAGGCAGGGGACUCAAGCGGGGGCGAGACGCAGUCGAGCCGGAUGAAGAGUAUCAGAAACGUCCAGAGAUCCGGAUCCAGAUCCCAGAUGUCCUCAAGCUGCAGCUCGUCGACGACUGGGAGAACAUCACCAAGAACCAGCUGCUCGUCCCCGUGCCACGCGAGCCGACUGUGAACAUGAUCCUGCAAGAGUACCGCGAUCACCUCUCCGCGCGCCCUGAAGCGAAGCAGCGCUCGCCGGCGGUGGUGGAGGAGGUGCUAGCAGGCCUUAAGCUCUACUUUGACAAGAGUCUCGGCAACAACCUGCUGUACAAGUACGAGCGGCAGCAGUUUGUUGAGAUGCGCAAGCGCUUCGCGGAAAAGGAGGGAGCCAAGGGGAGCGGCGCAGAGGCGACUGAAUAUGACUCCGGGCUCAUUGGCGGCAUCGAGCCUAGCGCCCUGUACGGUGCAGAACACCUGCUGCGCCUCUUUGUCAACUUACCGGGAAUCAUCGCACACACAACCAUGGACGUCGAAUCCGUCGCCAUCCUCAAAGAGCACAUCGCAGACUUUUUACAAUUCUUGGCGCAGAACAAGAAACGCUUCUUUGCACAGCAGUACGAGGCUGCUAGUCCAGCAUACCACCGCAUCAGCCAGAUUUGA